AUGGGGACCUAUGAGCACAAGAGACUUCAUCAUGUUAACCAGCAUCAUGCACUACCGAGUCUAUUGAAACCCCUUAAACUACCACUUUACAGCAUUGCCUCGUCAGCUUCAUUUAUGAAAUCUGGCAACAACAACAACAACACCAAUGCGAGCAAGUACAAUUCACGAUAUUUCAAUCGAAAGUUCAAAACUGUGUUACCGUUCCUACUAUUGGUGCUAUGCAUCUACCGAACAAUGAAAGUUUACCUAACAACGGAGUUGAACCAAUCGUUGCUAGAAAUGCACACAUUAACCCAGCAUAAACAAUCGGACUUUAAUCCCAAAAGUAUAGCAUUAGACGUGUUUAACUACUUGAUUGAACAGCAGCAUUCACUAGACUCGAGAGUUGGCACCAGCGAUGGCGUUUAUUUCCAUUGGGACGACUGGGUGGAUUUGUCAAGAGGCGACAAAUUCCUACACCUGGCUCGAUUGAACUCGCCCUCGGGGACCCAUUGCGAUCCUAAAAUCAUAGAAUAUGGAAGCGUUAGUGGCCACUGGUUAGAGAGCUACAAGACAAAAGUCCAACGAGGAGCAGUCAAUCUAUACUGCUCGAAAGACAUACCAGAGAAGCUUAUCGUGUUCACCGAUCGUGAAAUGGUUGAGAUUCCAGUGAUUGGCAAGAGAAGAUUUGGAAACGACAAGACGAGACCUGUCAACUCGGACCAAUUGAUGACCAAAAUGGCACAAAUCAACACUUCAAGCACCGAGCAUUUCAAGUUUAAAUUCAAAUCAACCACUAAUUUGCAAAAGCAGAUCAUGAUUGAGCCCGAGGACUUUAUCUUUAAGCCCGAUGUGGAAAUCUUUGCCUUGCAGGAGAAAUUAAACAACCAAACCAUUACCUCCAAGGAAUUGAAAUACCUCGAGUUUCUCGAAUACUCAAAUAAUCACCUUGUUGAUCACACCGAUCGGUAUUUCAAAUACGCUUGGAUCUACACCGAUGUGAUUCAGGGAAACGCCCAUCACAUAGCUUACCCUUUUUUCAACCGAUAUAUAAGCGAUCGGGAAAGACAAAGUGUCCUUCAUCACAUGGUGCGGGUAUGGUUCCAAUUUGCCGAGGCCAAUGGCUUUGCCAGUUGGAUCAACUAUGGGAGCCUUUUGGGCUGGUCCUUCAAUGGAGUAAACAUGCCAUGGGAUACAGAUAUAGACGUGCAGAUGCCCAUAGCCCAGUUGGACAGGCUCGGCCGGGAAUUCAACAAGACUUUGAUUAUGGAAAACCCAAGAUUUGGCAAUGCCCGGUACUGGUUGGAGAUAUCGCCAACUUAUAUCCGUCAAGGGAACGGGCGCAACCACAUUGACGCCAGGUUUAUAGACAUUCAAAGCGGGUUAUACAUUGACAUCAGCGCAUUGUCGCAUACCGAAGUGCCACCACCUACAAAGGACUCUGUCCCCGAUAACUUGUCCACCAUGUUGGUCCAUUGCAAGAAUUGGAACUGGCACACGUUGGACGAAUUGUUGCCCAUCAGACACACUUACUUUGAAGGCGCGUCAGUUUACAUCCCAAACAAGGUCAACCGACUCUUGACGAACAAAUAUGGAGCCACUGCAUUGACAAACUACAAUUUCCAUAAUCACAACUUCCAACUGGACAUUUCCAUAUGGGUCAGCGACCGCAUCUGCAAAAAGCCUCCGGGCGAUCUGGAAUCUAGAUUUAACAGAUGGCACGAACUCACCCAGCGUGGAUCUUGCAACUCUAGGAAAUUGAAAGACGAGUACAAUAUCGUUAAGAAAUCGACUCAACGCCAUUCCGAUCUCAAUCAGAAUUUGGACUAUCCAAUGUUUUACGAUAUCGAAUUGGUUGGAGAUUUACCAGUGAUGAGAAAGGAUUCAUGGGACUACUAUUAUGAUAUCAAUAAUCGCGUAGUUGAUAACUACGACUGGUACGUCUACAAGGAGAUCAUUCAGUAA